AUGGAGCAGUCGUCAGACGAGAAUAAAAUCGAAAUAAAUAUAAAUUCCAUUGAAAAUAUUAUCAGAAAGGACGAUAUAAGCGUGACACUUAUAGUGGAGCACAGUGGAACUGUUUUGGGUGAAAGCACUCCCGUAUCUGUAAAAGCAACCUGCGAGGAAGAAUCAGCAGUUUACAAUAUCGAUUUCGUCGUUUAUUUGUCAAUUAUUGCGAAUGACAGAAAAAGUCUUGAUUCAAUCGUAUCAACUCCAGUAUUAAUAAAGGUUGAAUAUGAAACGGAAAAUAAAGAGGAAGAACAAUCCAGUGUCUUGAACACUGAAAUUAAGAAAAAGUCAAUAUUCACUGCCAAGGCUGCGCCCAUUUCGUCGUCAAGAUCAUUGGGCAGCUGUAAUCUUGAUUUAAUACCAAUAGUAUUAGGAGAACAGUGUUUCACGGAGAAACUGAUACUAGAAACGCCACAAUUCUCUUACGAUGGUGCACUGGUCCCAUGGCAGGAUCUUCCACUUCUGACUGUAAAAGUUUCUCAAAGUGGUGUACCGCUAAUUCAAACAAACGAAAAUAUUAAUUUUCUAAACGUCACAGUGGAAAGUAUAUACAAUUUACCAGAAUCAUUCGCGGAGAAUUUAGAGUACAAAGCUGGUACCAUAGCGUACGUCGACGGCGAGGUCCCCGAGAAACUAAUUUUCGAUCAUGGAAAAUGGACAGGGUUCCGUGAUGUUGAGAGGACUAAGCGCUGGAAUAGUUUAAACAAUGUAGAAAAUCGUGCCAGAUUGUCCAAGUACAAACUCGAUUGUGACUUUAUGGGAGUGAAAAAUAUGUUUAAGAAGCAGAUUGACUUGGCGAAAAAGGUAUGCGAAGACGCUCCGCGAAUCGAAUGGAACGUUGUAAAUAGAUGUAUCAUAUGGAAGACUGGAAUCGAGGCGAUGCGGAAUCAUAUUACGAAGUACAAAUACUGGCCUUUCCAAUUCAUGUUGAUAGAGAGAAGUUCUUCCGCAAAAUCCAAAGCCAGUCCAUCGCCCAAGUCGCAACUGUAUCAAUGCUACGUUGAUCUCUCGGAACUGAUUUUCCCAGGAAAGAGAAGUUGUCGAGUCGUGGGCCAGUUGUACACCUAUAAUGCGACAGAUAUAACCGAAACUGUUGGCCUCGAGGACAACAUCUUCGUUUUAGAAACGCGGGUCAGAGAAUCAAAAGACAGAGAAAAGAAACAUAAAACGUCGAAGCAUUCGCAAUCUGGGCAAUCCGAUAUACUCGGAAGAGAAGUAGAAGUUCCCUCGAGUAUAGCUCUGUCAUCACAAAGUGGAGAACCUACCAUUAUUGUCGUUGAGGUCGAACUCUAUCAACCCCUCGUUGCUUGCAGAAUCAUGCGAGACUUUUCAAACAUUAUGGAGGAUUUGAUUCCGAAAACAGAGAAGAAGCCACCCUACGUGUAUACCAGUGAUGUAGCAGAAGAACAGUACAUGAAUUGCAUACAAAAAUUGGCAGAAAUUAUCACAGAAAGCUACCGAGACGAGUUAACAUGUUUUACGCAAUAUCUUUACAAAACUGGAGUAUAUUUAUCCUUGCGUAACACACUGAGAACGAAAGUCACAAUGUUGCUAGAUCAAAGAUUUAAGAUGCCUUCCAACCUAGUCGAUUCCAAUCAAACUCAGAACUUCAUCGCAUCUGUGUACACGUACUUGGUGGAACAGAUGCACGUAGCGAUCAACAAAAUCGUCGAAGGUCGAAAUGCAGAAGAUCUACCGCAUGUUGUGAACUUAGAGCUGUCGUAUUUUUAUGCUGAAGAAGCUUACGAGCUUGGAGAUUUACACAAAGCGAGACGUUAUUACACGACAGCAAUAACAGCGAAUAAGAAUAACCCAGAACCUUGGACAAAGUAUGCGAUCUUUUUAAAAAAAAUUGGCGAUAUUGAACGCUCGAAACAAUGCUGUUUAGAAGCGCUUGCUUUGAAUAGGCAAUAUGUGUUCGCAUUAUUAAUUUAUGCGAUAAUUCUGUACGAAGAUCGAGAUUACGAAGAGGCAGAAAUUUUCUUGAAAGCUAUUACUGAUUUUUAUCCACGUUUUUUCGAGGGUUGGGUCAUUUUGCACCUUUUUUAUAUGCAAACAGAGUAUUAUCCAGGAGUGGAUCUUACCCUGCGUGUAGCAGAGAAAUGUAUAAAAGACAAGAAUCGAACGAUACAACUCACCGAAGAACCACACGCUUGGUCCAUGUAUCAUUGUCCUGAGCAUAACGUCUAUAUGAUGACAGCAGUAUUUUUAUUGAAAUUGCACCUUUGUGAGUUUGCAGGAUUUGCAUUAGCAGAGGAAAUGUCCAAUUCCAAUCAAACUAUUCAUUUUCUAUACUACAUGGCAGUGGAGCAUUAUCUGUCUGGCAGAUUCGAAGAUGCACUUUCUCAUUUAGAAGAAGUCAAAUGCACAUAUGGAAUGGAUUACUCAAUCAGUAGUCUAAUGGGACAUUGCUACUUCAAAUUGGGCGACGAUGAAAAAGCUAUGGAAUGUUAUGAAUUUACGCGUAUGUUGUUUGACAGACCCAACGAUUUGCAUUUAGUGGAAGUCAGAUUGGGAUAUCAUUGUUACAAAAUUGGCGAUUACGACCGCGCUAAAAGAAUUUUUCUAAGUGCAUGCAAGUCUUCGCCGACCUCGCAAACUUGGCUAGGCGCUGGCAUAAGUUGUUAUGAACUGAACGAAUUUCAAGAGGCAGAGAUGGCUCUGUCAGAAGCAAAUCAAAUUGAUAAUUGCAAUCCGGAUAUAUGGGGAUAUUUGUGUUUGUUAAACAUGAGUCUCGAAAGAUACGACGAGUUUUGUCAGUGUUACAGGGAAAUGAUAAAGUAUCAGAAUAAUCUUAAAAAUAUAAAAUUGUGGUUGAGAAUAACAAACUUGAUGGAGGCUUUGGAUUACGCACCACCACUUUUGGUAACAGAAUUUGAUAAUCUUAUCGAAGAUUAUAGCAGAGAAGCGUUUGAGGAACAAUUUUAA